UUUGUCUCCCCACAGCGGCGCGGGGCGCGUUCUCCCGCCUCCUGGCCCCGGCGCACGCGCGCCCCGCCCUGCCCGCCUUUCCUCCGCGCCCUCCCCUCUCCUUUCUCCCUCUCAGAACCUUCCUGCCGCCGCGUUCGGACCUCGCUGCUGCAGCCUCCGGGGCCGUCCCAUCCUUCCAGCCUGCGACCAGCAGCAGAGAAAAACAAAUUACUCAUCAUUUUCUUGCCCCGUACACACCUUGAGGCGAGCAAAAAGAUUAGAAUAAAUUUUAACCAUGAGGGAAAUCGUGCACAUCCAGGCUGGUCAGUGUGGCAACCAGAUCGGUGCCAAGUUCUGGGAGGUGAUCAGUGAUGAACAUGGCAUCGACCCCACCGGAACCUAUCAUGGGGAUAGCGACCUGCAGCUGGACCGCAUCUCUGUGUACUACAAUGAAGCCACAGGUGGCAAAUAUGUUCCUCGCGCUAUCUUGGUGGAUCUAGAACCCGGGACCAUGGACUCUGUUCGCUCAGGUCCUUUUGGUCAGAUCUUCAGACCAGACAACUUUGUUUUUGGUCAGUCUGGUGCAGGCAACAACUGGGCCAAGGGCCACUACACAGAGGGGGCCGAGCUGGUUGACUCGGUCUUGGAUGUGGUCCGGAAGGAGGCUGAGAGCUGUGACUGCCUGCAGGGCUUCCAGCUGACCCACUCGCUGGGCGGGGGCACAGGCUCUGGGAUGGGUACCUUGCUUAUCAGCAAGAUCCGUGAAGAGUAUCCUGACCGCAUCAUGAACACCUUCAGUGUGGUACCCUCACCCAAGGUGUCCGACACUGUGGUGGAGCCCUACAAUGCCACCCUCUCCGUCCAUCAGUUGGUGGAGAACACCGACGAGACCUACUGCAUCGACAACGAGGCCCUUUACGACAUCUGCUUCCGCACCCUCAAGCUGACCACGCCAACCUACGGGGACCUGAACCACCUCGUCUCAGCCACUAUGAGCGGUGUCACCACCUGCCUUCGCUUCCCUGGUCAGCUCAAUGCUGACCUCCGCAAGCUGGCAGUCAACAUGGUGCCCUUCCCACGUCUCCACUUCUUCAUGCCCGGCUUUGCCCCUCUCACCAGCCGUGGCAGCCAGCAGUAUCGGGCCCUCACUGUGCCCGAACUCACCCAGCAGGUCUUCGAUGCCAAGAAUAUGAUGGCUGCCUGUGACCCCCGCCAUGGCCGGUACCUCACCGUGGCUGCUGUCUUCCGUGGGCGGAUGUCCAUGAAGGAGGUGGAUGAGCAGAUGCUUAACGUGCAGAACAAGAAUAGUAGCUACUUCGUGGAAUGGAUCCCCAACAAUGUCAAGACAGCCGUCUGCGACAUCCCACCCCGUGGCCUCAAGAUGGCAGUCACCUUCAUCGGAAACAGCACAGCCAUCCAGGAGCUGUUCAAGCGCAUCUCGGAGCAGUUCACUGCCAUGUUCCGCCGGAAGGCCUUCCUCCACUGGUACACAGGUGAGGGCAUGGACGAGAUGGAGUUCACCGAGGCUGAGAGCAACAUGAAUGACCUCGUCUCCGAGUACCAGCAGUACCAGGAUGCCACCGCAGAAGAGGAGGAGGAUUUCGGUGAGGAAGCCGAAGAGGAGGCCUAAGGCCGAGCCCCAUCACCUCAGCCUUCUCAGUCCCCUCAGCCUUCUUCCUCAACCGCCCCUUUCCCUCAGAAUUCGCGUUUUCUGCCUCUAUCUUGUUUCUUUUGGGGGGGGUGGGUUCUAGAACAGUGCCUGGCACAUAAUAGGCGCUCAAUAAAUAUUUGUUGUUUGUUGAA